AUGUGCUUAGGAACACCUCCAGACUCGGGCCCUUCCCUGCUACCUGAGGUGGACCCCACGCUCCUGCUGGAAGAGGAAUGCAAGCACCCAGUGCACACCAACUGGCCGUCCACCUUAGCCUCCCACAAGAAUGGGUCCCCACAUCCCACCCUGGAACCCGCCGAGGUCCUGUGCUGUCUGCACGAGUCUCAGGACAUGACGUUGGUGACAGAGGCUGUGGCUGCCUUCCAGGAGCUCAGCCCGCACCUGAAGGACCACUCCGACCUGGCGCAGCUUGCCUUCUGCCUCCGACACUGCCGCGGCCUGCACGUGCUUUCCCUGCAGGUGGACAAGGGGGUCUUCCUGGAGGAGGCAGCCACGAAGGAAUCCAAAGAUGAGACCAGGUCCCAGCGUGAGGGUGACGUGCUGCUUCACUGGACAGAGCUCUGUUCCGUGUUGAGCUCGAAUCGGGAUCUGAGCUCCCUGUACGUCAGCCAGAGCAUCCUCAGCGCCUCCUCUGUGAGGAUCCUGUGCGAGCAAGCCUCGGCUGCCUCGUGCCAGCUGGAGAAGCUGGUCCUCAGGAACACCUCCCCGGCGGACGCCUACGGGGCCCUCUGCCUCGCUGUCAGCGGCCACCAGACCCUCACGCACCUGAUCCUGCAGGGCGGCGACGGGCCGGACAUGAUCCCCGCACUGUGCAAGGUGCUGAAGCACCCCAGCUGCUGGCUGCAGUACCUGCGGUUGGUGUCCUGCUCAGUCCCCGCUCAGCAGUGGGGUGAGCUGGCCCUGGCCCUGGCCACCAACCUGUCCCUGACAUGCCUGAACCUCAUGAACAACAAGCUCCUGGACGAGGAUGCCAAGUUGUUCUGCAAGGCCUUGAGACACCCACAGUGCCCCCUGCGGAAGCUGGCGCUGGAGAACUGCCACCUGACGAAUACACCCUGCAAGGAGCUGCGCUCCGCCCUGGUCAUCAACCAGUGCCUCACACACCUGUGCCUGGCAGAGAACAAACUUGGGGACAGCGGGGUGAUAAUCCUGUGUCAGGCGCUGUCAUACCCCGAAUGCAACCUGCAAAUGCUGGUGCUGUGGUGCUGCAGCCUGACCAGCAAGGGCUGCGUGCAAGUCUCCGCACUGCUGCACCUCAAGUCGAGCCUCACACACCUGGACCUCGGGCUGAACCAGCUGGGCAUUGCCGGCAUGCGGGCGCUGUGCCAGGCGCUCAAGCAGCCACAGUGUAACCUCAAGUGCCUGUGGCUGUGGGGCUGCGCUAUCCCCCCGUUCAGCUGUGCCAACCUCGCCUCCGCCCUCGUCCUCAACCGCAGCCUGACCACUCUGGACCUGGGCCAGAAUGCCUUGGGGUUCAGCGGCCUCAAGAUCCUGUGCGAUGCCAUGCGGGUGCCCAUUCCCCUGCAGAGCCUCAGGCUGAAGCUUGACGAGACUGACAUGCACGUCCAGAAACUGCUGUGGGAGACUCGCAAGGGAAACCCGCGGCUGACCAUCGAGAAUAACAGCCGCGACCCCAGGCGCCCACGGCCCUGGGCCUGCGACUUCAUGCCCUGA